UUUUGCGAAAUGCCAAACGCAAAAACUAUUUAAGCAGUUGUUUUGCCGGUCAAAAUUUUUAAUCUACUGUGAUCGUCAUCGAGUCAGCAUCGUACUCAAUCAACUCAUCCAUCAUGUCUGGACGCGGCAAGGGAGGAAAGGAAAAGGCGAAGCCGAAGACGAGCUCCUCUCGUGCUGGGCUGCAGUUCCCCGUCAGCCGAAUCCGGCGGUUCCUUCGGAAGGGCAACUACGCCGAACGCAUCGGAGCGGGUGCCCCGGUGUAUCUGGCGGCCGUGCUGGAGUAUCUAGCUGCGGAAAUUUUGGAACUCGGAGGAAAUGCUGCUCGUGACAACAAGCGGUCCCGGAUCAUUCCACGCCAUCUGCAGCUGGCAAUUCGAAAUGACGAGGAACUGAACCAGCUGCUUACCGGGGUGACCAUUUCCCAAGGGGGCGUGGUGCCGUUCAUCCACACCGUUUUGCUGCCGAAGAAAACCCAAGAGAAGAACAAGCAGGAGGAAUCGUCGACGAACAAUUAAUGCCUUGAGACGGUGUGACACCUGCUUGACCAUCUAAAACAAAACCGUCCUUUUCAGGACGACAAAAAUCCUCACGAAAGAGUUAUUCUUAUCAUUCAAAGUUUAAAGGAAUGUUUCACUCCAUGUUACCGGCUCACAUCUCUUUAAUUUCUCGAUUAAAAUUCCAUAAAAUGGAAACCAAAUUUUGAUAUGAUCAUGUGUUCGAAAUUAGGGUUUACGCCGA